UAAGAGCUAAAACUUUCAAAUCAAAUGCUAAAUUGAUUGAUUUGAAAGUUUUUUUCCAGUUCAAAGUUCUGAUUUUCACAGUCAAACCUCUCAGAACAAAAUUUGUAAAAUAAUCAAAUCAACCUCAACAUUUACAUUUUUGGCAACACUGACAGAAAGAAACAAUGUAACUGGCAGCCCAAGACCAUCUGCCAGUGACAGUUGCAAAAAAAGGAAAGAAAAUUUCGCAAUCAUGGUCACGGAAGGAAGUCACGGGCAGAACCUUUCACGAGCAGAACCUGUGUCGAAGAUGUGUUUCCCGAUUACUACAGCCGGAUGCUUGUGGCCUGAGAAAUUGGGCCAACUGCCUGCUUCGCUUGGGGUGCAAAUUUUCCCGCUCACAUUGUCAUCGAAGCAAGUUAAAUGUAUAACCCCAUUGGUCUCGUUCACACGCUGGAAUCGUUUGAGUUGUCCACAAAGUAACACCGAAGAACCAACAUCGCUGAACUGCACUUCAUCGCUGAACUGCGCUGCAAUAAUCGGAAACGACAAGCUACAAACAUCCGCGCUCCGACGAGCCCAAUUAAAUAAUGAAAAGAAAUAAUAUUGAAUUUCAAUAAAAUGGA